CUGUCUAAAGCGCCCACAGCUGCCAUGUCUCCCUGUCCUCCGCUCGACCAACAAUCGUGAUACAGCGUCAAGCUACAUACCCGCCCAAUUCCAAUGCUUGAACCCCCAGAACCAAGCACAGAAAACCGACCAAAAAACAACCGGGACGGCAAUGCUCCAUCUCGCUCGCGCGUUUCCCAGCACGAGAGGCGCCGUCCUGCGCCCUCGGGAUUCAUCUCCCUCCACGUCCUUGAGAUCCUGCACAUGCAUAGUCGUAGCGAUGACGCCGCUGACAAUCAUAGUCCAACUCAUCCCCAGCUCCGUGAGUCCUGCUGGAUGCUGUGAUGAGAACGGAUGAGCAUUCGCGACAUGCUCUCCGUCUUCUCUGAUGAUUCAUGUCGUUCUUGAGUCCGUGUAAUCCAAGCCCUUGGAUCAUCAAUCUCGAGUCUGCAUUACCCGGGGUCUUUUGGGGAUGGAAAGCAAUGUCUAGUAUGUGUGAGGGCUACAUCAAGGAAAAGAUGGAUGUAAGUCAUUUUUGGUUGGCCUUGGUAGAUCAUUGCACGCAGCUGCGUCGCAGCAUUACAGUUCGUACAAUUAGUUCCCUUAGUGUGCCGCAGGUCGCCCAAAAAUCUUCUCCAACUCCAACAAUAUAUCGGACAACUGCUACAACCUCACCAAACACGACUAAUACAGCUGUUGCUCAGCCCUGGUCCACAAUGCCUGCUUCCACACUUUCAGAAGCGGCUGCCAAUGGUCCUGUGUCCAAGCGCCAGAAGUUACAGGUUCGCAGCGAGGAAACCUCCACCGCUGUCCGCAGGUCUAAAAUAUUUGCGCCGUUUCGAACAGUUGGCCUCGUAUCCCCUACCGAUGUCCCUUUCACCUCCCUUGCGCUCGGCAAUACGACUUUUCAGAUCACUACCUCCGUCGGUCGAUCGCUGCAAACGUACGACCUGAAGAAGGGCUUGAACCUAGUAUUCAUCACUCGACCACAAACACCAGAAAAUAUCACCGCAACGCUAGCAUGGAAAAAGAAUGUUUUUGCCGCGUGGGGUGGUGCAACAACAGAGUCCCAGCGAGGCGUGUGGGUGUUCCAGCGUGGAAAAAGAACGGCUGAGCUCGAGUUACCUCGUGGAACCGCGGAAAAUUUCACUCGACUACUUGCCUUUGGAGAGUGGAUCAUAGGUUGCGCUUCUUCCACGGUCGAAGUGUGGAAAUCCUCCACCUUCGAACAUUACACCACGCUACAAAGCGCCUCUUCGAGUCCGCUAUCCGGCUGCGUCUGUAACAUGCCCACGUUCUUAAACAAGAUCUUUUUGGGUAGGAAGGAUGGUUCCGUGGAAAUUUGGAAUGUGAACACGGGAAAGCUACUCUAUACUUUGCUUCCUCCGGCUUCAGAUUUCGGCCAAGUCACCGCCUUGCAACCGACUCCGGCCCUGUCGCUUCUUGCCAUCGCGUACGAGUCAGGUCCCGUUGUCAUUCACGAUGUUCGCACCGACAGAGAGAUAAUGCGCCUCAACUUGGGCAAUUCGAAGAAAGCACCCAUUACCACUAUCUCGUUCAGGACAGACAGCUUAGGCGCAGGCGAUGACGGCAGGAAAGACGGUGUCAUGGCCACCGCAAGCAGAUACAGCAGUGAUAUCACUUUUUGGGAUCUCAACAACAACGGUCGCAAGAUGGGUACACUGCGCGGAGCUCACAAUCCUCCCCCAUCUGCCAGUGGAGGGAUUGGAGGAGGUGUGAGCAAGGUCGAAUUCCUCUACGGCCAAGCAGUCGUUGUAACGAGCGGCUUGGAUAACUCAUUAAAAAGUUGGAUCUUCGACGAGUCUCCAUUCUCACCGGUUCCCCGCAUCCUGCACUCCCGUGGCGGCCAUGCAGCGCCGAUUUCUUCCCUUAGGUUUCUACCGUCAAACUCGGAUGGCUCCGAUGAUGUGGGGAAGUGGUUGCUCAGCGCGAGCCGCGAUCGUAGUUUGUGGGGUUGGAGUCUCCGUCGUGACGGUCAAAGCACCGAACUUAGUCAGGGCGCAAUCCAGAAGAAGGCAAAAAAGAUGGGAUUACUCGAUAGUGAUUCUAGUUCAAGGCUUCAUACCAGCUUGGAAGGCCUGAAGGCCGCACCCAUUACCUGCAUGGCCUGUUCGCUCAAUCGUGACGGCGGUAUUGGAGCAAUGCCUGGUGUGACAGGUAUCUGGAAGAAUUCCUCAAAGGUUAAGGGCGAAAAGAAGGGCAAAAAACAAACAGAGGCCAACAUGACCGGUUGGGAAAGUAUUGUCACUGGCCAUGUGGGAGAUAAGUCUGCCAGAACCUGGUUUUGGGGCCGUAAGCGAGCAGGCAGAUGGACAUUCGACACAGGUGACUCAACUGAGGUCAAGAGCGUCGCAAUCUCUCCAUGCGGCACAUUUGCGUUGAUAGGCUCAGCGGGUGGAGCAAUUGAUAUGUACAAUCUUCAGUCCGGCAAGCAUCGACGAAGAUUUCCUGCUCGCUUGACCCCGAACGAAGCUAGAAACCUGAAGCUUCAGCAGCUUCAAGAGGAAGACGCUUUGGUCCUCGCUGAUCAGCCGACAAAGCCGAAGUUUGCCAAAGGCCAGGGUCGGCACAAAGGAGCUGUGACAGGUCUUGCCGUUGACAGUUUGAAUCGGGUGGUCAUCAGCUGUGGUGACGAUGGCAAAGUCAAGUUUUGGGAUUUUGCCACCGGCGCUCUCUUGCAUGAGAUCGAUUGGUACCCCAUGAUCAAGGUCCUCGGCCUACGAUAUCACCCUAAUAGUGAUUUGGUAGCUCUCAAUUGCGAUGACGGCUCUAUCCGUGUCGUUGAUACUGCCACCAAGAAGCUGGUUAGAGAACUGUGGGCUUCACGUUCUCAUGCCGAGCUCCGUAUUAUGGAUUAUACUUUCUCGACAGAUGGCAGGUGGAUCAUUGCUGCAGCAUCUGAUUCCUCGGUUCGGGUUUGGGACUUGCCAACGGGUCAUCUCAUCGACGCCAUGAAGCUACCCAGCCAAUGCACUGCUGUUGCCUUCUCCCCAUCUGGGGAGUACCUCGCCACUGCCCUCGAUGGUGAAGUUGGCGUGCACAUCUGGACGAACCGCACGCUCUUUACACACGUAUCAACGCGGCAAAUAUCGGAAGACGACAUCACAACCACCACCGUACCCACCGCCUCCGGCGAAGGAGGCUCUGCCCUCGUCGACGCAGCUGCCGAGGAAUCGCAAGAGGAAGACGAAGAGCAGAACGCAACCAUCGUCCCCAUUAUGGAUCAACUCAGCGAAGGCAUCACAACGCUCAGCCUGGUUCCUAAAUCCCGCUGGCAAACCCUACUCCAUCUCGACAUCAUCCGUGCGCGUAAUAAGCCUAAAGAAACCCCGAAAGCUCCCGAAAAAGCGCCCUUCUUCCUCCCGUCCACCUCGCAAAAUCCCGACGACAAGACAUCUGUAUCGAAUGGCGACAGCGGCAACACAUUAAAUUCCCUCGCCCCGCCCACCAACAGCUCAGAUAAUCAAGCAUCGCGCAUAGCGAGCUCCGCACUUGCCUCUAAAUCCUCAGCCGCAGCAUCCACCAACGUGUUCACAAAGCACCUCGCUGAUGCCGCCGCCCAAACUUCCCCAUCCCCAUCUGCGUACACCCCUCUCCUCACAUACCUCUCAUCUCUGCCCCCUUCCUCCGCAGAUAUUGCCAUUCGCACACUCAACGCCACCCCACCAUACACCGAACUCCACACCUUCAUUCAAGCAUUGACCGCGCGCCUCGAGCAGCGUAGAGACUACGAGCUCGUACAGGCUUGGAUGAGUGUCUUCUUAAAAUUGCAUGGCGAUGUUGUGGUGAGGGAUGCGAAGUUGGUGGAUGCGCUGCGCAAGUGGCAGGACGAGGCUAAGCGUGAGAGGGAAAGGGUUGGCGGACUCGUCGGGUAUAGUGUCGGUGUUGUCGGGUGGGUGAGAAGUGUACGAUAA